AUGAGAAGCAUCGCUUUUAUCUGUUUGGUGGCUAGCAUAGCCCUCGUCUACUCGAGGGAAGUGCGGUACAAGAGGAGUGCCGACUUAGAAACAGCUGCUUCUCACAAGUGGGAAAAAGGUGAUGGCGGUGAACACUACGGCGAUAAUUUUGGUAAAUAUGGCGAAGAGGGCGAAAAGGGAUACAAAGGAUACCAUGGACACGAACAUGGAGCAAAGGGUCAUUCGGACCAUGAGGGACACAAGGGUCACUACGACGAGGACGGUGGACACAAGAAAUACCAUCACCACGACGACGGAUACUUCGAUGAGCACAAUCAUGGAGAAAAGGGAGAGAAAGGUUACGGAUUCGAAGAGAAGGGACACUUCCACAAGGGCCAUUCUACCAAGGGACACCACGGUGUUCAUAAAUUAGACGAGUUCAAGAAGGACAAACAUUUCCAUGACAAACACGGCGAAUCUGGUUUCGAAGAAAGUUAUGGUGGUCACCACAACGAGGGCGGAUACAAGGAAGGAGGACAUUUUGACAAAGGACACGCAAACGGUGGAUUCGAUGAACAUGAACAUGGUGAGAAGGGUCAUCAUGAAAAGGGAGGUCACCAUCACGAUCACAAGGGCCAUCACGAGGAAGGAGGCAACGAAGAAUAUUGGGGCCAUCACGAAGAUCAUGGCAACAAAGGUGGACUCGAAGAACACAAAGGCUGGGGCUGGAAAGGACACUAAGCACUAAUUA